UUGGGUUCUCGUGCUUAGAGCCGGAGUUACUUCAGCCACCGUAAACUCCAGGAGCUCGCGCCGGAGGCGAAAGGCGGGGGCUCCUUGAAUUACGGAGCCAUGGCGACGCCGCCGGUGAAGCCGAGGCGAUUGAAGGGCCACAACGGCACAGUCACCUGUUGUAUUGCAUCUCGUUUCCGUCCAGGUGUCAUCGCUUCAUCCGGCGAGGAUAGUUGCAUUUGCUGGUUUGAUUUGCGUUGUAAAGAUGCUCUCUUUACUAUUGAUCUUGGGAUGGAAUCCAUCUCUUGUUUAUGUUUCAAAACAGGAAAUGAAGAUAUUCUCUAUGCUUCUUUGGGAACAAAAGUCAUGUGCUUUGACAUCAAGAUGGCAUCUUCCUGGAAGCCACUUGAAACCUACAGCUUUAACAAAGAUGAGAUAAAUCAGAUUUCUUUCAGCAUGAAGUCAGAUUUUCUUGCUGCUGGAGAUGAUAGUGGUGAGGUUAAGAUCAUUGACACUGUGCAUCAAAGCCUCUACAAAACAUUAAGAUCAGUUCAUACUAGUAUUUGCAGUAGCGUGCAAUUUAUUCCCUGGAAACCUUGGACAGCUAUAACUGGUGGUCUUGACAUGAAGCUUGCUAUAUGGGAUUUCUCUAAAGGGCGGCCAUACAAUGUGAUUGAUUAUGGAAUGACUGAACCCGAUAGUAGUAUUUCCACUGGGAAUGCGGGGCAAUGUUUCAAUCCUGCUUUUGUUCAUUCAAUAGCAAUACCAGAAGUAGAUAUCACGUGUGGUCCAAAUAAGGUAUGUGCUGUUGCAAGAGGUGAUGGUGUUAUUGAUGUGAUUGAUUUGGAAGCCAGUCUAGCAACUUUGAAGUCGAAAAGCUCUUCUUUAGCUAAGAGUGCUCAGAGAUCAAAAAGAGGUGAAGCACAAUCGUCAAAUACUCAUGCAGAUUAUCAAAACAAGAGCACACAGCUGGAUUUCAGUUCAGGAGGCCACACCGCCAGUGUAUCUUGCGUGUCAUUUUCCUUGUUUGGGGAGCGUGGAAAGUUUCUGCUUUCAGGUGGAAAUGAUGCAUCAGUGAAAUUGUGGGAUUGGUCUAAAUGUUUCUCUCCUGAACAAUCUAGCUGCAACAAUUAUUUGAGUUUGAGUAUUAACUUGAAGAAAAAGAUCAAUUGGCUAUGUACUACGCCUACCGACUCAGAAAACCUUCUUGUUUGUGAUACGACCAAAGUAGUGAAGAUUUAUACUGUUGCAUAGAAGCAUGGAUGCAAAGAACCAAUUCUAGUUUGAGAUAGUGAGCUGGAAGAUUUGUACUGUUGCAUAGAAGAAUGGAUGAAAGAGUUGAUCCUAGUUUGAGAUUCUGAAGCUGGUAGCAUUCAUCGAAUACUUCAAAAAAUUUCAGGUUUUCUUGACAUUGGUAUUUAUUAACACCUCGUAGCUUUAGCCAUGAUGCAGCAACCUUUUCAUUCAUUUUGUUGCUGGUUCAUUUGCUAACGUUCAUUUAGCUUGUUCCAUUACUAUUAUUAUUAUUUUGGUUUUAAUUUGGUCCUUUAUGUUUCAUUUCUA